AUGCCGACUCCCCUCGACAGAGCCCUGAACUCCAAAAACCUCUUCUUCGGCUUCGCUGGCCUCAUCAGCGCCGCAACAAUCUGGUCCAUCUGGGGACAAGACAUGUUUCCAAAGGAGGAAGAUCCCAAAGGCGAGCCGGAGACGUGGACCGAGGAGCAGAUGAAGCGGUGGUUGACUAGUCGGAAUUUGAUGGCGGGCAAUACGGCCACGAGAGAGGAGUUGCUUGCUAGAGUAAAGGCGAAUUUGAGGGCGCCGAGAGUUUAG